CGUUCGUCGUAAACCAAACAAAUGUCGACUGCGUACUCGUCGGAAAUAACUUACAGUUCUCAAUAAAUAAUCGUAAUGGCACACGAAAAUGCACACAUGUCGACGUCAAAACGAAGGGAGAGCACGACAAGCAGCACAUCGUCUAGUGGGAGGGAUAAGCGAAAGAGCAAACAGAAACCUGUCUACUUCUGGUCUACUCAGGACGUGGUGCGGUGGAUGAAGAAACAACUCCCCGAAAUGGAGGCAUUGUAUGCCAGCCGAUUUCUUGAUAAUGAUAUAUCUGGGAGAGUUCUAGUACGGCUGAACGAAGACAGAUUGGAGCAGUUGGGAAUAGUGGAUCGUGAACACAGGCAAGAAAUCGAAAAACAGAUCAUCCGGAUAAAACUAAACAGAGAUGUACAUGAGCUGAAACUUCUUCAGCAGAAAGGCAGCAUAUUCCAGCGGUAGCAGCCAGCCACUGCUGAGCACGUUGAGAGUUCCCAGCCCUCGCCGUUGCUGGACAAGGCAAGGAUCUGUAGUCGAAUGUGGUGCCAAAGAGGGAAGAGCUACAAGGAAAUCUUGGGUGAAGAAAUCACGUUAUGUAGUUAGAAGGUCGAAGCCAAAACUGGGCAAAUGGUUUUAUGUAAGCAAAUGUCUCGUGCAGUGGCACAGUCUCUUUCCACUCUGGCAGGUUUCCUUUCGUACUCUGGCAAAGGAAUUAUACUGGCAGAGCAUUGAGAGUAGGUGGCAGUGAGCGAGGGCCCUGAUACUGUAGGUGACUGUGUAGCAUCUAUAGAGAUAUACUCGUGCAAUGUUCAGAAAGGAUUGUAGUGACUUGGUGUGUUAGAAGGCAUUACUGUGUCUGAAGAUCAGGUUAGUUUAUAGAAAUGAGGUGCCAAGAUUUUAUCUGUAGUUUACUUCUGCUUAUCUUCAUUGAUUUUGUAUAGAAUGGUGCUGAACGCUAAGAAAAUUUAACAUGGCUAAAUCAUGUAUAGCAUAAAUUUCAAGGCUAUUUAAUAUAUAUAUAUAUAUAUCUAUCAGAGAGCCUCACACAGUUAAAGGAAGAGAAAGUAGUUUUAGCAUAGUUGAUGAGUGGUGGUAGAGCUUGGACUCGAUGGUUCCACACCUUCAGUGGGAUCGCCGCAAAUUGUAACUUGCCGUCUUUAGUUUGUGGAGCUACCGCUCGGUGGCGCCACUAUUUCCUGCGGCAUAAACACACAUUGUUUACGUGUGCAACCGUCGCUCACAAUGCUCUGUACUUAUUUAAGAUGUUUAUUUACCCUUCAUUGUAACACCUAAGAGGUCAAGGGGUGGUGAAGUGUUGUCAUUUUGAGUGGCUGACCAUCAGUGGUUACAGUAUCGUGUGCGAAAUUGUGUAUGUCAUGUUUUAGUAUUGUCGAUUUCUAAACGGUUCCAAUACAGUCUACUCUCUCAAUACUGACCAUACUCGGGACUGUCCAUUUAUACCUUGUAAGGCUGCAGUAAACAUUGGGCACUCCAGUGUCUAUUUGUCAUGGUUUACAUUCAAUGACUGAUCAUGCACUGUCAGUGCAAUAAUCACAAUUACUGUCGUGCAUGCAAUCAUCAUCGCCAUGAAAUCUCGAUGUAAGUGAUGUAAGUCUUGUCAUUAAUCAGUUCUGUAGACAUAUCGUUCCAUAUAUAUAUAUAAAUGUGUUCUUGAAUUCUUGAAUGUGGGAAAAAUUCAAGUUAGGGAAGGGAGAAAGGAACCCAAGUGCAGUUUAUUUUCACAACAUUCAAAUAAACCCGUUCUACUUACACGUGCUCUAAAAUAUACUGUUUUAUAGUGUGUUAUAGCGAAAACUACACUUAAAGCAUAUUAUAUACGAAAGUAGCGUGCGUGGUGCGUGCGUGAGUGUGCGUGAUUGCGUGUGCCUAUAUGCUUGUGCGAGCGUGUGUAUCUGUGCGUAUAUGCUAGUGCAUGGCGUGCCCCUUGCUUGUUUUUUAUUUGUGAGAAAAUAUAUCUUUAUUAUGCAGUGUUAGAAAAGUAAGGUUGUCAAAUUUCGAUGACCAGAAAUUAAUAAUAGCUGUGUGAUUGAUUACAGUUUUGAUAUCAGCUAAGUGAGAAAAGAAUGAACUUAUGUACAAUUUAUUUUCACAACAUUCAAAUAAACCCGUUCUACGUA